CAGACCACGUGGUGAGCGAGCGGGCUGGCUGAGUGAAUGAGUUGGCUCGGCACUCAUCCCAACAUCGUCACCAUUCUCACCUCCCCCCACUUCCUUCUACAUCCUCAACAGCCGCAAGCAAAAGAGUAACCAUCAUCAACCAUCGCCAUCGAUUCGGCUUCACAGCGAGGUGAAUGCGUGGCUCGUGAUCCCUGGCUCGUGAUCCCUGGCUCGCCUCUCUCUUCCCCUCUUGGGCCUUCAGGAGUGUUGUGCCGAGCGACGCGGCAUCGGUGAGGCUCCGUUUCUGCGCACGGGCGGACAUCGACGCAGGGAGUUGGGGAGGUGAGAUGGACACGGUGCUGGUGCUGGGAGGGGGUGCGAGGGAGCACGUCCUGGCCUGGACGCUCGCCCAGUCGCCCCUCGUCAAGAAGGUCAUCGUCGCCCCCGGCAACGGGGGCACCGCCACCCACGGCGGCAAGGUCGAGAACUCUGGCGUGUCGGUGGCCAACCACUCCCUGCUGGUGCAGUACUGCGCCGAUCACAACGUCUCCAUGGUGGUCGUCGGGCCCGAGGCUCCGCUCGCCGCCGGCGUGAGCGACGAUCUGGUGGCCGCCGGAGUCCGUUGUUUCGGGCCCUCGGCCCGCGCCGCUCGCCUCGAGUCGAGCAAGGCCUUCGCCAAGGCCUUCAUGGAUCGCCACGGCAUCCCCACGGCGCGCUGGGCGGCCUUCACCGAGGCCCGAGCCGCCUGCGCCUACAUCAACUCCACGGAGCCCGCGCCGCUCGUCGUCAAGGCGAGCGGCCUCGCCGGAGGCAAGGGGGUGGUGGUGGCCAGGGACCGCGAGGAGGCCUGCCGGGUCGUCGUGGAGAUCAUGCAGGACCGCGUGCAUGGCGACGCGGGGGAGACGGUGCUGGUGGAGGAGGUGCUGGAGGGGGAGGAGAUCAGCUGCAUGUGCUUCACUGACGGCCGCUCCGUGGUGAUGAUGCCACCGGCCCAAGAUCACAAACGCGUGGGGGAGGGGGACACGGGGCCCAACACGGGGGGCAUGGGGGCCUACGCCCCCACCCCACAGGUCCCGGCGGACUUUCUGUCCAUGGUGCAGCGCUGCGUGCUGCAAAAGACGGUGGACGGGAUGAUGGAGGAAGGCAACCCCUACAUUGGCGUGCUUUACGCUGGACUGAUGCUCACAAAGGCCGGGCCCAAAGUCCUGGAGUUCAACUGUCGCUUUGGAGAUCCCGAGUGCCAGGUGCUGCUGCCGCUGCUCAAGUCGGACGUGUACGCCGUGGUGCGGGCGUGCGCCAGCGGGGGCUCGCUGGCCGACGAGCGCGUCGAGUGGUGGAGCGGGCGCUCCGCCGUCACCGUGGUGAUGGCCAGCCGCGGUUACCCGGGCGACGCGCCCACCGGAUUUCCCAUCGCAGGCAUCAGCCGGGCCCAAGAGCUGGGCUGCCUCGUCUUCCACGGGGCCACCAAGACGCGAGCGGCGGGUGUAGGGGGAGGAGCAGCAGCAGCAGGCGGAGGAGGAGGAGGAGCAGGAGGAGGAGGAGCAGGCGGAGGAGCAGCAGCAGCAGCAGCAGGCGACGAUGACGACGACGGUUGGAGGCAGCAGCUCGUGACGAGCGGCGGCCGCGUCCUCUCCGUCACGGCCGUGGGUCGCGACCUCCGCGCCGCCCUGGCUCUCGCGACCUCCGGCGUCGCGGCGAUCCACUUCCAGGGCGCCUUCCAUCGGCGCGACAUUGCGCACAGGGGCCUCGCCGAGGGGCCCCGCGAGGCCGCGCCGCUACUACCGCCACUGACGUACGCCGGCAGCGGCGUGGACAUCGAUGCAGCAGACGCGCUGGUGACCUCCAUCAAACCCCUCGCAGCAGCCACGGCGAGGCCAGGCUGUGGGAGCGAGCUGGGGGGGUUCGGGGCGUUCUUUGACCUCAAGGCGGCCGGAUUCACCGACCCCAUCCUGGUGUCCGGCACCGACGGAGUGGGCACCAAGCUCAAGGUGGCGGAGGAGUGUGGGCGCCUGGAGGGUGUGGGCCAGGACCUGGUGGCCAUGUGCGUGAACGACGUGCUGUGCCACGGCGCCGAGCCGCUCUUCUUCCUCGACUACCUCUCCUGCGGGCGCCUCCACCCGCCCAGCGCACGCCGCAUCAUCGGCGGCAUCGCGCGCGCCUGCUCGCUCGCAAACUGCUCGCUCGCCGGCGGCGAGACGGCGGAGAUGCCCGGCGCGUACCCGCCCGGCGCCCACGACCUGGCGGGCUUCGCGGUGGGCGCGGUGGAGCGGGCGCGGUGCCUGCCGCGGCUGGGCGCGGUGCGGGCGGGCGACGCCGUGGUGGCCGUCGCCUCCUCGGGCCUGCACAGCAACGGCUUCAGCCUGGCGCGCCGCGUGGUGGAGCGCGCCGGCGCCGCCUACGGGGAGCCGGCGCCGUUCUGCGCCGACGGCACCACCCUGGGAGAGGCGCUGCUGGUGCCCACGCGUAUCUACGUGCGCUCGCUGCUCCCCGUGCUGCGUGGCGACGCCGUGCACUCCGUGAGCCACAUCACGGGCGGGGGCCUACCUGGGAACGUCACGCGGGGCCUGCCGCCCGGCCUGGGGGCCACACUCGACGCGUCGCUGUGGGAGGUGGCGCCGGUGUUCGGCUGGCUGUGGCGCGCGGGGCACGUGCCCGAGCAGGAGAUGGCGCGCACCUUCAACCUGGGCGUGGGCGCCGCCCUCGUGUGCCACUCGGCGGCGGCGCCGGGGGUGGUGGACGCGCUGCGCGAGGCGGGCGAGCGCGCGUGGGUCGUGGGCCAAGUCGUCCCCGUCGACAAAGGAGAGGAGAGGAUCAAGAUCACUGGGUUGACCUCUGCCCUCGAGGCAGCCUGGGUGCCCCCAGGGUCAGAGGUCACGACGAAACCAAAAGUUCGGGUGGCAGUGCUCAUUUCAGGAACCGGCACGAACCUGCAGGCGCUGGUGGAGCACACUCGCGACGCGACGCGCGCCAGCGUCUGCGAGGUGGUGCUCGUCGUGUCCAACAUCCCGGGAGCCGCGGGGCUGGCACGGGCCACCCGCGCCAACAUCGCCACGCGGGUGUGUGACCACCGGCAGUACGGCAGUCGCAGUGAGUUUGAGUCGGACAUCGACGGCGUGCUGGCCGAGUUCUCCGUCGACGUCGUCUGCCUCGCAGGCUUCAUGCGCAUCCUCACACCCCCCUUCGUGCGCAAGUGGCAGGGCCGCAUGCUGAACAUUCACCCGUCGCUGCUGCCCGCGUUCCGUGGCACCCACGCCCUCCGCCAAGCGCUGCAGGCGGGCGCCCGCGUCACUGGCUGCACCGUGCACUUCGUGUCGGAGGAGGUGGACACGGGGGGCAUCGUGGCGCAAGAGGCGGUCGCCGUGGAGACGGGCGACACGGAGGAGACGCUGGGUGCCCGCGUGCGCGAGGCCGAGCACCGCGCCUUCCCCGCCGCCUUGGAGCUGGUCGCCCGCGGCAACGCCACGCUCGUCAACGGGCGCGUCGUCUGGGUCUGAGCCCCGCCCCCCGGGCCCCCCCCCCAGUGGGGGGCGCCUCCCCUAAGGACCGACUCAACUCCCACCCCUCCUACUCGUUACUGCCCCUGUGCCGAUGUGGCGCGUCCUUUGGGGAUCCCUGUCGUAGCAUCGUCGCCGCCGUCGUCGUCAUCACCGUCGUCGUCACCGUCGUCACCAUCACCACCGUCAUCACCACCACCGUCGUCGUCAUCAUCUUCACC